CAGCAAACAAAUUGGACUCCCUACUCCCCAAGCUGCUCGAAUCUGGCAAGGGAGCCAUGAAUCUGGCAACGGGCGCCAUGGACUCCCUACUCCCCAAGCUGCUCGAGCUCCUCAAAGGCGAGUACAAGCUCAAGAAGGACGUCAAGGAAGGCGUCAAGUCACUCGAGACGGAGAUGCAGAGGAUGCACACUGUCCUCCGCGAGGUGGCGGAGGUGCCGCGGGACCAACUCGACGAGCAGUUCAAGCUCUGGGCAGGGGAGGUGAGGGAGCUCUCCUUCAACAUAGAGGACGUUGUCGACAAGUUCCUGCUGCGUGUCGAUGACGGCUCUGAGACCGCCGGCAAUUCAAACAUGCUCAAACGGCUCACGGAGAAGAUGGUUGGCCUGUUUACCAAGGGGAUGGUUGGCCUGUUUACCAAGGUGAUGGCUCGCCAUGAGAUUGCCGGUGCGAUCAAGGAGAUCAAUAAGCAAGUCCAAGAGGUUGCUAACAGGCGUGCUAGGUACACUACCGACGGUAUUGUAGCUAAGUCUGCAGCUGCGACGUCCAUCGAUCCUCGCCUCCGAGCUCUGUACACGGAAGUGACAGAGCUAAUUGGCAUUGUUGGGAAAAGGGAUCAAGAGCUAAUGAAGUUGCUCUCAGAGGGAGACAACGUGUCCAAGAAAAAACUGAAGAUUAUCUCUGUUGUCGGAAUUGGAGGAUUGGGCAAGACCACUCUUGUCAAAACGGUGUAUGACAAGAUCAAAGGAGAUUUUAAGUAUAAGGCUUUUGUUCCCGUCGGUCAAAAUGCCACCGUGAAGAAGGUUUCAAGAGACAUCCUCCUUGAUAUUGGCAUGUAUCCAAGUCAGUUAACCAUGUUGGAUGAAAGACAGCUCAUCAACAAACUUCGGCAAAUACUCGAGAACAAGAGGUACCUCAUUGUAAUUGAUGAUAUAUGGGAUGAAAACCUAUGGGAAUAUAUCAAAUUGGCAUUCUCCGACAGUAAUGUUGGCAGUCGACUAAUCACGACAACUCGUAAAGUUAGCAUGUCUAAAUUAUGUUGCCCAUCUACUAAUGAUUCAAUUUAUCAAAUGGAACCUCUUAGUUUUGAUGAUUCAAAAAGACUCUUCUAUAAAAGGGUAUUUUCCGACGAGAGUGGAUGUCCUCGUGAAUUUGAAAAAGUGUCUAUAGAUAUAUUGAAGAAAUGUGGUGGAGUGCCAUUAGCGAUCAUCACUAUGGCUAGUCUUUUGGCUAUUGAUCAACGGGUAAAACCAGAGGAUGAAUGGAAUGUUUUGCUUCAGUCAAUUGGUCGUGGACUUACAGAAGUCCCCAGUGUAGAGGAAAUGCGGAGGAUAUUGUCAUUUAGCUAUUAUGAUCUACCCUCCCAUUUGAAGACAUGCUUAUUAUAUCUAAGCAUGUUUCCGGAACAUCACGAGAUUAGAAGAGAUCGGUUGAUAUGGAUGUGGAUUUGUGAAAGUUUUAUCCAAUGUGAAAAAGCAAACACUAGUCUCUUUGAGACCGGAGAAAAAUACUUCAAUGAGCUAGUGAAUAGAAACUUGAUCCAGCCGGUAUAUGGUGACGAAGGCAUGGUAUAUGCUUGUCGAGUACACGUUAUGGUGCUCGAUCUAAUUUCGUCCUUGUCAAGCAAAGAGAACUUUGUUACCAUAUUAAAUGGUACUGGUGAUGGCAUGUCUUCUAAGAGCAACGUCCGCAGGUUGUCUAUCCAAAAUGCUAGUAAAGAAGAACAUCAUUCCAAAAAAAGAAAAAGGAGAGAAGAACAUCAUUCGAAAAAAGGAAAAAGAAAAGAAGAACAUCAAACCACACCUCUCAAAUCUGUGAGUAUGUUGCAAGUGAGGUCCAUUGCUUUAUUUGAACCUGCUAUUGGUCUAAUGCUGCCUUUCUCGAGAUUUGUUGUUUUACGUGUAUUGGAUUUGACUGGAUGUGAUCUUCGUGAUCAGAAUCAUCUUAACAUUCGAGAGUUGGGGGGUUUAUUUCACCUAAGGUAUCUAGGUUUAGGCCAAACAGGAAUUUCUGAGCUCCCGGAAGAACUUGGAAAGUUGAAGUUUUUGCUGGUGCUGGAUUUGAGUGGAGAUUUUAUUAAAGAACUGUCAACGGUUAUUAAGCUGAGAAGAUUGAUGUGCCUACUUGUUUACUUCAAAUACAAGAGGCUUCCAGAUGGGUUGGGAAACCUGACAUCAAUGGAAGUGCUGCGUACGAUCCGUGGCAAUUCUAUAAGCAUUGUGAAAGAGCUGGGCAACAUGGAAAGAUUAAGGGAGCUCGGAAUUUUGUUUGAUGAUUUGAGCUUGGAGAUGGAGGAAGCUUUUGUGGAGUCACUAGGGAAAAUGUCCAACAUCCAGAGUCUAUACAUUACCGUCCGGGAUGAUGAUUAUGUACCCAUGGAUGUCUUGGGGGGAAGUUGGGUGGCCCCUCAACGUCUCCGGGAAUUUCUCAUAGCGAGAUCUGCCAAAUUCUCUACACUGCCAACGUGGAUAAAGAGGGGUCCAUCGCAUCUGUUACAACUCUCCAUCUUAAGGAUCUUUGUCAGGGAUGUGCGGCAGGAGGAUCUGGAAAUCCUUGCAAGGUUACCAGCUCUUCGUUGUCUCAGCUUGCGAAUGGAGGAUCCGGAAAUCCAAAGGCAGCUAGUUGUCGGUGAUGAUGGGUUUCGUUGUCUGACAUCAUUCGAGCUGUUUACCGAGUUUCUGGGCCAUAUCGUGUUUCAACCAGGAGCUCUGCCCAAGGCUAAACAAGUGAGGUUCAGUAUCGGUCUGCGGGCCGCAAAAGAGCCAGCAGCUGGUAAUGGUGGUGAUUGUUUUGACCUGGGUCUGGGGAACCUGCGGUCCCUUCGGGAGGUUCUUGUUGCAGCCAUCCGUUGGGGAGAGGACACCGAGCAAGUGGAGGAUGCGCUGGAGGAUGCCCUGAUGCACGCAAUCUGGGCCCAUCCUAACUGUCCUAGCCAUCAACUGAUCACGGUCCCGGACAUGAAGCGGCUCAUGAUAAGCCUGCCGGCUGCUAUUCCAAACUAUGGACGUAUGUCUGAGCGCUGGAGCAUGGCGGGCGACCUCUUGAGCGACGAGUGAGCGCGCGGCAAAGAGUACCGUGCCAUUUUAUUUUCCUUAAUUAUUACUGAUUAUUUCUCAAAAAACAUGUGGUCAUUUUACAAGAAAAAAAAAGUUUACAUU